AUGCGAGCUGUGUUUGCCCUGUCUGGUGUUGCCGCCACCGCCGCGGCCGUCCAGCAGUCCGUGAUGUCGAUGUCCGCGGACGAGCGCAUGUCCCUGGAGCAAGACCUGGCCGAGUGGAAGGCCGAGUUCGGCGAGGUGGCCCGCCAGAACGGCCUGCUCCCCGCACCCAGCUCGAUCAUGAGCGAAGAGGACAAGGCGACGAACGAGCUUCAGCGCCUCCUGGACACCAAGCUGUCGGCCGAGGAAGCGGCGCUGGCCAACCCCGACGCCUCGUUCAACUGGCGCAACCAGUUUGCGCUGAUGAGCAACGCCGAGUUCAAGGCGUACGUGGCCGUGUCGUUCCGGCGCGGGUCGCUCCUGCGCGGUGAGAUUGUGGAGACGUCGUCGGACGAAGAGGCUGUGUCGGUGCAGGCGACCAAGGACUGGACGUCGUCUGGGUGCGUGAGCCCGGUGCAAAACCAAGGCAGCUGCGGGUCGUGCUGGGCGUUCUCGGCCGUCGGUGUGUCCGAGUCGGCGCACUGCAUCAAGACGGGCAGGCUCCUCAAGCUGUCCGAGCAACAGGUGGCCAGCUGCUCCACGAACGGCGGCAGCCAGGGCUGCAACGGCGGCUUCCCGUGGGCCGCCAUCGACUACGCGUCCAGGGGGCUGUGCCUGGCGUCCGCGUACCCGUACACGUCGGGCAGCUCUGGCCAGACUGGCGCGUGCAAGACCAGCUGCGCCAAGCAAACGCUGUCCAUCGGCACCAGCGCGCGUGUGUCGGGCGACUCGGGCGUGGCCUCCGCGCUCAACAGGCAGCCUCUGUCCGUCACGGUCGAGGCCGGCAACAGCGUGUGGAAAAACUACCGCGGCGGCGUCGUCAGCUCGUGCCCGGGCGCCCAGUCCGAUCACGCCGUCAUUGCCGUCGGCUACGACGGGACGUCGUUCAAGGUCAAGAACUCGUGGGGCACUGGGUGGGGCGAGAGCGGCUACAUCCGCCUCAAGCGCACCACGAGCGGCCAAGGCACAUGCAACGUCGUCGGCGCGGCCUCGUACCCCCGCAUCUAA